UCAGGUGAUCCGCCUGCCUUGGCCUCCCAAAGUGCUGGGAUUACAGGCGUGAGCCACCGUGCCUGGCCAGCAUCUAUAUACUAAACCCUACCCGCAACUGCCUCUGUCUUGAGGUCAGGGUUCUUGAACGGUCUGGGCCAGCCUGAGUUAGGAGUGGGAAGAGGAAGAGGAGGCACGCGCCCAAGUGUUCUUCCCGCCUGACCGAGUCCUCCAGCGCCUGUGAGGAAGGUGGGCACUGCUGUCACCCUGUUUCCCGGGAAGCCCGCAGGCCCAGGGAGAUACUGGGAUUUGCCAAAGGCUCACAGCGAGCAGGCAGCAGUGGGUGCUGGCCCCUCGACACCCAGCCUGGCACACACUGUCUCUGAGUAGACCUGGGAGAGGGCAUGUGAAACCCACCUGGCCAUGGCUGGAAGAGAAGUGGGGGAGUGGAAAUGAAAAGUGGAGACCGGGAGGAGCUGCCUACGUGCCCCUCCACAGUUCCAGGAUGGCGCUUUCAUGCUGGGAGUGAGCUUGCCCUGUGCCAGGCUGUCAUCGAGUCGUUUUCCAUUCAACAACCGUUUCUCAGACAAGGUGCAGGCAGGUUAGCUCUGCCAGGCCACUCAAGUAGUAAGGAAAUAGAUUUAAACCCUGACAGUUUGGCUCUGCAGCUGAGGCCCAGAGAGGGGUAGUGACAAGCCCAGGGUCACACAGCCACAGUCCCAGAGCUAGGAACUGCUGGCUAGGGCAAGCAGAGAGCUGACUCCUAGCCAACUGGGGGUGGAGCAGAGGUGGAGCCAGGGAGACCCAGGUGGCCUCUCUGAGAGCGGAGCACAGGCGGCAGAGUGGCCCGGGGCAGCAUGAAGUGGAGCUGGGGCCCAGUGCUGCUCUUCGCGGGUGCCACGGUCCUCAUGGAGGGUCUUCAAGCCGCUCAGCGUGCCUGUGGACAGCAUGGCCCCGGUCCCCCCAAGCCUCAGGAGGGCAACACAGUCCCCGGCGAGUGGCCCUGGCAGGCCAGUGUGAGGAGGCAGGGAGCCCACAUCUGCAGCGGCUCCCUGGUGGCGGACACCUGGGUCCUCACCGCUGCCCACUGCUUUGAAAAGGCAGCCAGAGAUAGAACUGAAUCCUGGUCAGUGGUCCUUGGCUCUCUGCAGCGUGAGGGACCCCUAGGGGCCGAAGAGGUGGGGGUGGCUCGCCCCUGCAGUGUUGCCCCCAGGGCCUAUAACAACUGCCAGGGCUCAGCCUGGCCCUGCCUCGCGCCUCACCACCCGUGACCCACACCCCUCUGCCUGCCCCAGGCCUGCCCAACUUCGCUUCCCUUUGGAGCCUCCUGCUGGGACCAGCUGGCUGGAUAGGACACCGGUGAUGCUCCUGGACCCGCUACGCGAAUCUGCGCCCUGCGUCUCAUCAGCUCCCCCACAUACUGCAUCUACAACCAGCUGCACCAAGCGACACCUGUCCAACCCGGACCCGGCCAGGGAUGCUAUGGUGGGGGCCCCCAGCCUGGGGUGCAGGGGCCUGUUCAGGGAGAGUCCGGGGCCCCUGUGGCGCUGUCCUCGAGCCCUGAUGGACACUUUCAGGCUGGCCACAUCGCUUUGCACUCAAGUGUGCCCAGGAGGGACGCUCCUGCGUGCUGCUGACCAACAACAGCUGCUCCAGUUUCCUGCUUGCGCGCUCGAGUUCAGGGCGCUUUCCUGGCCCAGAGCCCAGAGACAGAGAUGAGUGACGAGGACAGCUGUGUAGCCUGUGGAUCCUUGAGGACAGCAGGUCCCCAGGCAGGAGCACCCUCCCCGUGGCCCUGGGAUGCCAGACUGAUGCACCAGGGGCAGCUGGCCUGUGGUGGAGCCCUGGUGUCAGAGGAGACAGUGCUGACUGCUGCCCACUGCUUCAUUGGGCGCCAGGCCCCAGAGGAAUGGAGCGUAGGGCUGGGGACCAGACCGGAGGAGUGGGGCCUGAAGCAGCUCAUCCUGCAUGGGGCCUACACCCACCCCGAGGGGGGCUACGACGUGGCCCUCCUGCUGCUGGCCCAGCCUGUGACACUGGGCGCCAGCCUGCGGCCCCUCUGCCUGCCCUAUGCUGACCACCACCUGCCUGACGGGGAGCGCGGCUGGGUCCUGGGACGGGCCCGCCCAGGAACAGGCAUCAGCUCCCCCCAGACAGUGCCUGUGACCCUCCUGGGGCCUAGGGCCUGCAGCCGGCUGCAUACAGCUCCUGGGGGUGAUGGCAGCACUAUUCUGCCGGGGAUGGUGUGUACCAGUGCUGUGGGUGAGCUGCCCAGCUGUGAGGGCCUGUCUGGGGCACCACUGGUGCAUGAGGUGAGGGGCACGUGGUUCCUGGCCGGGCUGCACAGCUUCGGAGAUGCUUGCCAAGGCCCCGCCAGGCCGGCGGUCUUCACUGCGCUCCCUGCCUACGAGGACUGGGUCAGCAGUUUGGACUGGCAAGUCUACUUCGCCGAGGAGCCAGAGCCCGAGGCCGAGCCUGGAAGCUGCCUGGCCAACAUGAGCCAACCAGCCAGCUGCUGACAGGGGACCUGGCCGUUCUCAGGACAAGAGAAUGCAGACAGGCAAACAGCAUUACUGCCCCUGCCCUCCCCACCUUGCCAUGUGUGAUUCCAGGCACCAGGGCAGGCCCAGAAGCCCAGCAGCUGUAGGAAGGAACCUGUCUGGGGCCACAGGUGCCCACUCCCCACCCUGCAGGACAGCGGUGUCUGUGGACACUCCCACACCCAGCUCUGCUCCCACACAGGCAUCCCAGCUUUCCUCCUCCUUUACCCUUUCAGAUACAAUCAUGCCAGCCAUGUGUUUUGAAAAUUUCUUUUUUGGGGGGGCAGCAGUUUUCCUUUUUUUAAACUUAAAUAAAUUGUUACAAAAUAGACUUU